AUGCCUGCCACCACUGUCGUUGUCUCCGGCGCCGCCGGCCAAGUCGGCUACUCGCUCCUCCCGCAGCUCUGCGGCGGCCACGUCCUCGGCGCCAACACGCGCAUCAACCUCCGCCUCCUCGACAUUCCCCAGUCGCUCGAGGUCAUGGAGGGCGUCAAGAUGGAGCUCCUCGACUGCGCGUACGACCUCGUCGACGAUAUUACGCUCACGACGGACGCCGAGGUUGCGUUCAAGGGCGCCAACAUUGCGAUCCUCCUUGGCGGUUUCCCGCGCAAGGCGGGCAUGGAGCGCAAGGACCUCAUCGCCAAGAACACAGCCAUCUUCAAGGUCCAGGGCGAGGCCAUCGAGAAGGUCGCGGACCGCGACAUCAAGGUGCUCGUGGUGCCAACCCGGCCAACACCAACUGCCUCCAUCCCGACCAAGAACUUUUCGGCUCUGAUGCGCCUCGACCACGAGCGCAUGCGCUCGCUCCUCACGGUCAAGAUCAACGAGGCGUGCGGCGCCAACACGGUCACCUCGACGCAGGUGCAGAACUGCAUCAUUUGGGGCAACCACUCGGCGACGCAGGUCCCGGACGCGUCGUACGUGACGAUCAAGAAGGAUGGCGAGGCCAAGCCGCUGUCGGCGUACUACAACGACGAGGACUGGCUCCACGGCUCGCUCAUGAAGGACGUGCAGCAGCGCGGCGCCGCCAUCAUCAAGGCGCGCAAGCUCUCGUCGGCGCUCUCGGUGGCCUCGGCCAUCAAGGGCCACAUGCAGGCGUGGCUCUACGGCGCGACCGAGGUUGUCUCGAUGGGCAUCCUCUCGAACGGCAACAAGCACGGCGUGCCGGAGAACCUCAUCUUUUCGUUCCCGAUGCGCUGCCACGGCGACGGCCAGGUGACGAUUGACGAGACGAUGACCAUCUCGCCCGCCAUCGAGAAGCUCAUCAAGACGACGACGGACGAACUCGUGAGCGAGAAGGCCGACGCCGCCUCGAUCCUCGGCAUGACGUUGUAA